AUGUCAGAGAUUACUCAGAGCGCCGCCGCCGCUCCCAGUAUCGGUGAACGAUCAUUUGCCUUCAAACCAUACCUUAGUCAACUGGCUCUGACAACCUAUAGCCUAUCAACUAUACUCAAGAUGUCGGACUUGGAUUCGCCCCGACAGGCUGUCCCUGACCCACGUGAGCUGCCUUUGGGCGAAUUCGGGGCAAGCGACUAUGCAACUGUUCAGCGUCUCUGUGGGAUUCUGGAGGCUCAUGGACAUCUCAUGCGAGAUGAUCACUACAAUUCCAUCAUUUCCCUCCUCCGCGCUGGCUACUACCGGCACUCGAGCGGCUCUGUCACCGAUCCAGAGCACCAUCAUAUCUACUCGAUCAUGUUUGAUAGCCUGACUGGCAACUUCAACAUGAGACAUGUCACCUACGUCAACUGGAUCUUCUUGGCGGCCAUCUAUGGCCCGUCUCAUGGUCGGCUUGAGAAAUUUCGCCAGCCCCUCGAGCUUACGUACGGGUGGGAUCUUACAAGAGAUCUCACCUUCCACUACGACGUACACGUCGAAACUUACCAGAGGCGAGCCAUGAGACGGAGACCCCUGGGACUUCCGCUCCACCGAGCGGACUGUCCUUAG